AUGAACCGCAGUGCCUUGAUUGGGUCGUGGCGGCCUGAUCAGAGCCUGCAAGGUACGGAGGAUUUGUCCCCGUCUCAGCCCUCACAGCUCCGUAAGGGCGGCACCCUCAUCCUGUGUCUUUGUGUGGUGGAUGAGAUGGAUUUCUCAGGGAUGGAGCUGGACGAGGCUCUGAGGAAGUUCCAGGCUCACAUCAGAGUCCAGGGAGAGGCCCAGAAGGUGGAGAGACUGAUCGAGGCCUUCAGCAGUCUGCGUGGCCUGGAACGCUGCUCGUGGCCUGGACGCUGCUCGUGGCCUGGACGCUGCUACGUGGCCUGGACGUGCUCGCCGGACGCGCCGAUUGCUCGUCGUAUCCUUGCUCUAGAUGUCCUGACGUACUGCAUCCUGGGCUCGUGCUCGUUGGCACGAGGCUGCUCGAUGUACACUGGCACGCUGUCCCUCUUGGGCCUGGACGCUGCUCGUGCUGGACGCUGCUCGGGCCUGGACGCUAUCGUGCCUGGAGCUGCUCGUGUCCUGGAGCGCUGCUGUGGCCUGGACGCUGCUCGAUUGGGCCUGGCGCUGCUCGUGUCCUGGCUCGUCGCUCCAGGCAGUGGCCCCAAGUUCAAGUCUACUACUGUAGCGGUGGACGCCAGUUGCAGAGAGAGCUGUACCAACGGACUGUCAGAAGAGAGCCACAACUCCACAGUGCUGGAAACAGGGACCCACAACCAUACCACAGGCACCAGCACUGGCCUGGCCUCCAACAGCAAGACCCAGCAGACACUGUACUGGCCCUACAACGGCAAGGCCAAGAAACAAACUUACAAAAGGCACAAAAUCGCCUUCUCAUUCUCCUUCCCGAAGAAAGCGUCCGUGAAGCUGGAAUCUGCAGCGGCGGUGUUCUGCGAGAACACAGAGGAGGGUUCCAAAGAACGUAUCGGAACACAGAAGCUCAGAAUUCCCCUCGUUGAGUUGAACAUCCCUGGACGGGGUUGUGCGGGUGUGGAGACUAAUGGCACUAAGCCUGGUGAUCUCAGCCCUAACAGUGUUAGUGACGGGAGCCAGAGGUCAUCAGAUACACUGUCCAGGUCUGACAUCCACAUGCCACCACAGGUCUCACAUCUGUAUUCUGUCCUGGUUAACUCUGAGGAUAUCGCCAGACAUUAUGUGUCCUCUGUCUCCCAAUUACCUGCAUCCCCUUGUCACAUUCCCUUAGAUGACCCAGACACAGUACUAGAUACACAGAACUCUGAGGAAACUCAGAGAAACAGCCCGACAGAGGCUGAACCGGAAACAAGCAAACAGCAACAAGUUCAUAAAGUAGAAAGGAGUGUCUCGGGGGAAGAAAACUCCUCCAUUAGCAGUUCCUUUUCAGAGGUCAUCGCCAGUUCCGAUGGUCCCCCUGAGAACGACUCCUGCCCCUCUCAGUCCUCUGAGUGUCCUGGGACUGCGAGAGAGAAAGGAGAAGACAUUACGGCAGUGGUGAAGACACUGUCGUGUCCUUUCACCAAGCCCAGUCAGCCGUUCUUCUCUGUGCUCAGCAAAGAUGGAUACACUGUUCUCCAAUGGCCUUCAGAGAUGCUGACCUUCACCAGGACAGAGCCCUGUUUCUCCUACAGCUGCAACCCCCUCCAUUUUGACUUUAAGGCCUCGCAGCAGUCGCAGAGCAGGGCGAAGGUUAGUACUGGUGACAGUCAGAGUAAGACGGAGCUGAGGUUACCUGAGGCGUUGUGUAUCGGCUCAACCUCUGUCUGUUCUGAGGAACUAAUAGACAACAAGCACAACAAAGAGGCCUACUCAAGGCCAGACCAUCAUAUCCCUAUCAGAGAUGACAGGGAGACAGUGGAGAGGAAGGAUUGUCUCAUAUGUGAGCACCACAUGAGUGACAUAGYCACAGAAAGCUGCAGCUUGCAACUGAAGAGACAGAGCAGAGUCUACAGCAGUGGUAAAUCUAGUAGUCAGUCAAAAGAUCAGACUGGCAAGAGAGCAGCAGGCACCAAGAAAUGGAAAUCCAGAGACAGGCGCCAUUACAGGAGCUACAAGAAGAAGAAGAGGAGGAGAAGGAGAAGGAGGAGAGGAGGAUAUGAGGAAGAGAGGCACAGAGAGAUGGAGACGGAUGGAGGCGUGGAGAGCGAUGCGGAGAAAUGCAACACAUUCCAGAGACAGUCAGAGUGUAGGGAAGGACUUGAUAGCCAAUUUAGAGUCCCCACUUCACAGCGAGUGCAGCCAUUAGAGAAGUCAAAGCAAUCAGCUCAAAAUCCGGCUGACAGUGGCCACGCUGCCCCCGAGGACAGGGAGAGAGAGAGGGUGUUCGGGAGCGACGGCAGGACAGACCCAGUCGAUCCAUCAACAGAACAGAGAAACGCUGCAGGACACGGCUCACAGAGCUCACAGAGCCACGACAACCCCUGCACAGAGAACCCUGCUGUGGCUGUUGGACAAAACAGAACCAUGGUGAUGACACAUCUGUCACCACAAAGCCCAGGGACCAUUACCCAAAAACCAAGCACGACUAAAUCCCUUUCACCAGAGAGCUGUGGUAAAGACUGUUGUAUCGGUCAAUCGUUGAGAAGGAAACGGACAGCAUCAUCUUUGCUUGACGCUGAUGAGCUGGGCCUUGACCACCAGGUUCCAUGCACCAAGUGUCAGUCACCUGUAAUGGUAGAGCCCAAUGGGCCAGAUGGUUCAAUGGUUGAGGAGGGGUCCUCUUGGUCAGUCUGUGUUUCCUGUGGUGGGGCGGGGAGACAGAGGAAGAGACAGAGAGGGGCCAGUUAUGCUCCUCACAUCUCAGAACCUCCUGUAGGUCACAAUGUUCACAUCUCAGACCUUCCUGUAGGUCACAAUGUUCACAUCUCAGACCUUCCUGUAUGUCACAAUGUUCACAUCUCAGACCUUCCUGUAGGUCACAAUGUUCACAUCUCAGACCUUCCUGUAGGUCACAAUGUUCACAUCUCAGACCUUCCUGUAGGNAAUGUUCACAUCUCAGACCUUCCUGUAGGUCACAAUGUUCACAUCUCAGACCUUCCUGUAGGUCACAAUGUUCACAUCUCAGACCUUCCUGUAGGGCACAAUGUUCACAUCUCAGACCUUCUUGUAGGUCACAAUGUUCACAUGGCAGAACCUCCUGUGGAUGUACUGUCUGAUGACAGAUGUAAGCUGAACGUCCAGAAUCGAAUGAAUACAGAUGUAGAAUACCCUGUGAUUAAAGGUCCACUGGCCAGCUGUAGUACCCCGAGUCAGCCAGCUGUAGAGCACAGCAGUAAGUCAAUGGGAGGCUCUCCUCGGCUCCAGAUCCAGAACAAUGUUCCCAGCAUGAAAGAAGACAGAGCCUCCUCUCCCUCUCAACCUGGGCCUGUACAAGAUCCCCCAAAUCCCCCAGAAAGAAUCAGUUUUACUCAUGAAAACAAAAACAUCACUAUUUGUGUCCAAAACUCUCCCACCGUUUCUCUCCCGAUCAUGGUACAUCAUCUAGAAAUGGGCAACAAUGGACAAGAUUGUAUAAGAAGACAAACAGUGACAUUAGCAGCUCAUGUCAGUCCACCGGGUGCGAGAGAGAUCACCCCUCCAUUCAUCCCUCCACAGAGGUUUCAGAUACAGAAUGCGAGUCUGGACAAAUCGUGUCAGCAUAGUCUCCAGAGCUACCCUAACCAACAGAGGUGUCGCCCUGGGAUUAGGGUUCAUGAGGAGAGGGGGAUCAGGGAGGGCCUGAGGCCAGGAGGCCUUAACAUUACAGGCAGCCCGUGUAGUCCCUAUCAUAGACCAGCUAGCCCUUACCACAAUCACAGACCUCCAAGUUUCCAUCCGCAGCACCCGUCUGACGGCAUGGAGAAACACCACUGUGUCGUUCAAAUACAGACCCAUAGACACGUUCUCCAUCACCAUCAGCAACACCAGGUGUUCCCAGGGAAGAUGAACCCUGUCUUGCCUGGGUCUCCUGUCCCCAUGUCCCCCUCCUGUCCUCGCAUGCUGCACCCCGUCCACCUGUCUCCCAUGCCUACCGGGUCCAUCACCAUCCAACACACCAUCCUCCACCAUCAGCACCACCAGCACCACCAGCACCACCAUGCCUACCACCAUGCAGGCUUCCUGCCCCCUCAUCCCCAGCCCCCUCUCUUCCCCCAGGUCAUGCCAGUCCCAGUCAGCCGCCGGCCUAUGGGAGUGGAUAUAUGUCCCCCUGGACCGCCUCCCUUUCUUACCUCAACACCGCAUCUCUCUGUUGUGGCAACGCCCAGUUUACACCACCACCCAAUGGCAGUGACGUUCCACGCCAUGCCCCGCCCAACCAUGUUCCCUCCCUCGAUGCUUCAGUCACACCCACAUUCCACCGUCAUCCCACUGCAGCCCAUGUUUUAAGACAACACAUCCCCACUGCAGCCCAUGUUUUAAGACAACACAUCCACACUGCAGCCCAUGUUUUAAGACAACACAUCCCCACUGUAGCCCAUGUUUUAAGACAUCACAUCCCACUGCAGCCCAUGUUUUAAGACAACACAUCGCACUGCAGCCC